AUGGGCUCCGCUCCCAUCGACUACCGCCUCGUGUUCUCGACUUUCCGCCAGGACUACGGCCCGGUCGUCUUCACCCACUACGUCCUGGCCCCGCUGGGCAUCGUCGUCCUGCUCGUCUUCGCCUACCUGACCGACCUGCUCAUCGACCUGCUCCCCUUCACCUUCCCCUCCCAGGCUAUCGCCAUGAUCCUGCUCUUCCUCCUCCUCCUCCUCCUCCACAGGUUCUCGCCCCACUUCCUGUUCCACCACGUCCACUCCUUCCUCCACCCCGCGGCCGACUUCCUGCUUGCAUGCAUGGGCCUCUUCUUCACCUCCUCCUUCAUCCUGAUCCCGCGGCGGGACGUGAUGCCGGGGAAAGAGAUCGGGCUGAUCGCGGCGCUGUUCCUGCCGAGUCUGCUGGUCACCUGGGCGGCCACGGUGGUGCUGGUGAAGGCGCUGGCGUUCGUGUGGCCGCAGCGGACGGUCGACGAGCCGGAGGAAGACAACAACGCGGACGUGCUGUCGUCGGACGGCGGGUCGAGCCGGGCGAGCGAGGCCAGCGCGCGGCCGCGCAAGCCGCACAGCCGCCACUCCGGCGGCUCCCAACCGCAGGCCGAGGACGCCGGGCUGGCGUCCGCCGAGGCCGGCCGCUCCGCCCCCGCCUCAAUCCACAGCGCCAUCGAGGUCCGCGAGCCCCCCGCCCCGCCCGGAAACCCGCGCUUGGCGCUCGACAACACCCUCACCUUGAUCGCCACCGAGCCCGUCGACGACGACAAGAAGAGCCUCGGGGAGGACGAGAAGGCGUGGCCGGAGCGCAGUCUGGCCAAGCUGAAGGACAAGCUGCGGCGCCAGCCGCGGCCGGAUGGGCCGGCGGAGACGCGGGAGGCCCGGCUGGCGCGCAGGAUGCAGGCCUGCUUCGACCCCGCCGUCUACCUCCUCGUCCUGCUCCUCGGCAUCCCGCUGUUCUUCGCGCCCGGCGGCGAGCACCGCACGCUGCCCCUGUUCACGGGCGUCGUGGCGCUGGCCUGGCUGUUCAGCAGACGCGCCGUCUCGCCCGGCGCCCAGAAACUGCUCCACCCCAUCCUCGUCACCAGCUUCAUCACCGUCUUCGUCGUCUGGGGCUUCGCUCUCAACCAUUACUCGACCGGCGCCAACUACCUGAUCCUCUUCCGGAGGAGCGAGGGCUGGGACGGCAGCUCGCCGAGCGCAGGGGACCUUCUCUCGAGCCUUCUCGUCGGCGGAAUCGUGGCGCUGGCCUUCCCGAUGUUCCGCUACCGCGCCGACCUGUACAACAACUUCUUCCGGCUCUUCGUCGUCGUCCUCCCCAACUGUGCGCUCUCGCUGCUGCUGUGGCCCUGGGUGGCCUCCCAGAUGGGCAUCGCGGGCGACCGGGCGAUCACGUUUGCGGCCCGGUUCAUGUCGACGCCGUUUGGGAUCCAGUUCAUCGUUGCGACGGGGGGAGACAACUCGCUAGUGGUGGUGCUGAUCUGCAUCACCGGGAUCUUCGCGGUGAUCGUGAGGGACCCGCUCUUCAGGCUCUGCCGGACCCGCACCACGCCCGGCUCCGACGAGUACUUCACGAUCGGAUGCACCAUCGGCAUCGUCGCCGCAGCCAUCGGCACCUCCUCCCUCAUGGCCUCCCACUCGCGCGCCGCAUCAGCCAGCCUGCGCGAGGCGCAGACCGGCACCUAUCUGAGGACAAAAGAUCGCGCUCGGGCGGCUGGGCCGGGCUGCGCGCAACCGCGCCUCCUGUGCGAGCCCCGGGGCGGCCGCCCCGCGAGAGCCCCACUGCAGCGCCCUGCUUGCGGCCGGAGAGAGCCCGGAAGGCUUCCCGCCCCCCCGCUGUUUUUUGGAGGACAACCCUCCCAGCCACCCGUGCCGCUGUCGUCGCUCGACUCGGCCCGGGGUGCAGAGGGCCGCGGCCCCCGCCUAUCCGGGGUUUAUAUGCAAGAGAGAAGCACGGACGCGGCAGAGUGCCUCCGCGGGAGCCUCGGCGGGGAGAGCUGUGGCCCCGGGAGGAGAUGUAUUUGGGGCGGGGGCCGGAAGGCGACUGCGGACGAGGACGGCUGCCCUGUCUCCUUCUUUCCUUGUCCGGCAGCGCGCUCUCCGCUCUCCUGGCUCAGUGAGCCCUUCCCUGUAGCUUGGGCCCGGAUGGAAAUGGAAACCGGGAGCCAGGCCGCGGGGCCCGCAUCAUUAUCCUCUCGUAGUAAUUAG